UCUCAUACCACCGGGGGCUAUGGACAUAUGUGACAGGCUGGUCGUGGGUGUGUCAGAGGGUGAUGAUGGGGUUUGUAACCCGUUUGGUGCUCCUCGUGAUGCUGUGUGCUCCUGCUCUUGCACAGCUGGAUCUCAACCGAUUAGACGGCGACACUGUGUGCCCAACCAUGAGAAAUGGACAAGAUGACCUUCCAGGGUUUGACCUGAUCACGCAGCUCCAGUUGGAUGUAAUUCCCAUGAAAGGCGUGAGGAAGGUGGAGGGGUCCACUCCCACUCAGGUGGCGUACAGACUGGACCGAGAUGCCAACUUCCAGAUUCCAACAAGGCUGAACUUUCCCAGAGGUUUCCCUGAGGAAUACUCUUUCAUGACCACGUUCCGCAUGAUCAAGAACACAGUGAACAAAGUGUGGAACCUGUGGCAGGUGGUGGAUGAAGAUGGCCUGAAGCAGGUGGGAAUGCGACUGAAUGGAGACCAGCAGGCCCUGGAGUUUUUCUUGACCACCGUGGAUGGGGACCUUCAGACCGUGACAUUUCCAGGCCUUUCUGUGCUCUUCAACACCAAGUGGCACAAAGUCAUGAUCGGUGUGGAGAACGAGCUGGUCACCCUCUAUGUGGAUUGCCAGCCUGUCGACCAGAAGACCAUAAAGAGCAAAGGCUACAUCAACACUGAGGGAGACACGCUGAUCGGCAGACUGGACACAGAUCCAAACACUUCUGUGGUGUUUGAGUUGCAGUGGAUGCUGAUUCACUGUGACCCAAAGAGAGCUCAGCGCGAGAGCUGCACCGAACUUCCCCAGGCCGAGAUGUAUGCCAAUGCUGAGCCGGACCCGAAACCAAUCCCUGGACCUGCUGGACCUCCAGGCUCUCCAGGGCCUCGGGGAUCUCCAGGAGAGGACGGUCGCGAUGGACGAGAUGGUCUUCCAGGCACCCCGGGCUCCCCUGGCGCACCUGGCAGCAAAGGAGAGCCGGGUCAGAUCGGCCUGCCGGGCCAGAGAGGCUUACAAGGGCUUCCAGGACCAGGUGGGCCUAUGGGGCCGAUGGGGCCAAGAGGGCCAGUCGGAGAGAGGGGUCUGCCAGGUUUUCCUGGACCAGCUGGACCUCCAGGACCUGAGACUGCUGGACCUCCUGGAUCUCCGGGAAAACCUGGUAUCCCAGGAGACGAAGGCAACAUUGGCCCUGAGGGACCCCCUGGACCAAGAGGAGCCAAUGGUCUUCCAGGACCUCCAGGCCUACCAGGACCCCCCGGCCCCCCAGGCUCUGCGAGUGCAGGGAAUCCUGAAGGAAGCGGGGAGACUUGUCAGACGAUGUGUCCAGCUGGACCUCAGGGACUUCCAGGGCUGCCAGGCAUGAAGGGACAUCGAGGGCUCCCUGGUGUGGAUGCGCUUCCAGGUGCCCCAGGCGAAAAGGGAGACCCAGGAGCAGUAGGAGAGCAAGGCCCCCCAGGACGUCCAGGAGAGGAUGGUCAGAGAGGCCCAAUAGGUUAUCCUGGAGACCACGGCGAUAAGGGAGAUCGGGGUCCUCCAGGUUUCAACGGCAUUCCCGGACCCACCGGACCACCAGGAGCUCCGGGUGUUGAAGGAAUUCGAGGACGUGACGGGCCUCCUGGGCCUAAGGGUGAUGAGGGUGCAGCCGGUCCUGCUGGUGUAAGAGGAGCCACAGGUGCCAAAGGAGAUCAUGGUGAGCCAGGGAAGAAUGGCCUGGAUGGAGCAGCAGGCCUUACAGGAGAGAAAGGAGAACCUGGACUGCCUGGAGCUGUUGGAGUCAGAGGCAUUGUGGGAAUCCCAGGUUUGCCAGGAAAGCAAGGACUUGUGGGAUCUGUUGGUCCAAAGGGUGACACUGGAGCUAACGGUCCUGUAGGUCCAGCUGGUCUUCCUGGUAAACCAGGUGAACCAGGAGCUCCUGGACAGGAUGGAGUCCCUGGAGCCAAAGGAAUCACUGGUGAGACAGGGAAACAGGGUCCAAUUGGCCCCAUGGGGGCUCAGGGACUCACGGGUGAGAAAGGAGAUCGGGGUCUGAUGGGUCCUCGUGGAAUCAAAGGUCACACAGGUCACAAAGGAGAUCAGGGCCCUAUUGGUCCAAUUGGUCCCAAAGGAAGUGAGGGCGAUCCAGGUGCUACUGGAGAUCCAGGGGUUAAGGGUGAUCAGGGUCCUCCAGGCAUCUCUGGCAUCAAGGGAGAGCGAGGAGAGAAAGGACAAAGAGGAGCUACAGGACCUGAUGGCCGUCCAGGACAGCCAGGACAUGAGGGACUGGCUGGACCCCAAGGAGCAAGAGGCCUGGAGGGAGACAGAGGGCUGCCAGGACCCCCAGGACCCAGAGGGUACCCUGGUCCCAAAAUGAGUGAUGAGAAGAUCCGUGAAAUAUGUUCAGCAGUUGUUGAAGAACAUCUAGACGCCUACAAGAAAGAACUGGCCAAGAAGCCCCUGCCUAUCGGUGCUCCUGGUACUCCAGGCCCAGCAGGUCCACCUGGACCUCCCGGAGAAGCAGGGACCGCUGGAGUGGCUGGACCCCGUGGACUGCCGGGCCCUCAGGGGCCUCCAGGAUUUUAUGGUCUACCAGGAAAGCAAGGCUCAAAAGGUGAUGCAGGACCUAAGGGAGAUAAGGGAGAUACAGGCGUUGGAAUUCCAGGGACUCCUGGAGAGCCAGGAGCUCAAGGACCUCCUGGCAAGGCUGGCAUUGGUAAGGAUGGCCAAAACGGAGCCCGGGGAGAAGCAGGAACGCCCGGUAUCCCAGGUACCCCAGGAACAAGGGGGCCACCUGGACAACCUGGCCUCUGUGACCCCUCAAACUGCUUCAGACCACAGCCCCUUUAUUUAGUCGGGGGGAAAAAGCCCAUUAACAUUAAGGGCCCCUGAACGUGAAGCUCCUGAGAGAAAACUACAUCCAUCAUAAUCACCAUUUGUCAACAGUCAACAGUGAACCGAGUGGAAGUGCAUCCAAUAAACUUGAAGAGACUCCCGAUAUGGCCGUGAUGAAUCAGCAUAAAUGGGGGAAACUUCCGACAGCUGUGUAGAGACACUUUCAUCUUUACAAAGACAGAUCUUUUGAAUUCCGAUCCAGUGCACGGUUGUUGUUGUGACUUGUACAUACAGUAGAAUAAAAGGAGGAAAUGCAGACGGGCAUUUUCAUUUCUAUAGCACAGAUGAGCAGCUGCAAGCCAAAGCCUGCUGUGAAGUCAUUUGUGAAGUAC